AUGCGUGAUACUACAACCCGAGACGGGCGCGCUAUGCGCAAAGCGGCUCCCACGUGUUUCCCGACGGCCGCAAGCCGUACAUGCAAAAUACCCGAACUCCUCGAAAUGAUCCUCCUUAAAUGCUACCCCGCUGAAAUUAUCCGUGCGCGCCAAAUCAACUCCUUCUUCAAGCACCUUAUCGACCGAUCCAAAAGCCUUCGUUACGCCAUCUUCCUCGAGCAAGACAUCGGCAAACUUUAUCGUUCACAAAGCCUCCAUCCCAUCUUUGGCAGACCGGCGCGAAUCUUUUACCGAAAAGGAUGUGUGGGCGGGGGGUAUUCCCAUAUACGACGCCGAACAAGUAUUGAUGCGCUGGCCUCGAGGACUUUGGGACGAUGUGUUGUUUAG